AUGGCUGGUAGUAAUGAAGUUAGGGUAAAUGAAUCCAAGAGGGUGGUUCCACUGAAUACAUGGAUCCUUAUAUCCAAUUUCAAGCUAGCUUACAACAUGCUUCGCCGACCUGAUGGUACAUUCAACCGAGAUUUGGCCGAAUUUCUCGACCGUAAAGUCCCCGCCAACACGAUUCCGGUCGAUAAGGUUUACUCUUUUGAUGUAGUUGAUCGAGCCACAAGCCUUCUAAACCGUGUUUACAGGCCAGCCCCUGAAAACGAGGCUCAAUGGGGCAUUGUAGAGCUUGAAAAACCCUUGAGCACCACUGAAAUUGUCCCCGUCAUAAUUUUCUUCCAUGGCGGAAGCUUUACACAUUCCUCUGCCAAUAGUGCCAUCUACGAUACAUUUUGCCGUCGCCUUGUUAGCAAUUGCAAGGCUGUUGUGGUGUCUGUGAAUUACCGGCGAUCGCCCGAACACCGAUACCCUUGUGCAUAUGAUGAUGGAUGGGCAGCUCUUAAAUGGGUUCACUCAAGAUCAUGGCUUCAGAGUGGGAAAGAUUCUAAAGUUUAUGCGUACUUGGCUGGAGAUAGUUCUGGUGGUAAUAUUGCUCAUCAUGUUGCUGUGAGGGCUGCUGAAUCGGGAGUUGAGGUAUUAGGCAAUAUACUACUUCAUCCAAUGUUUGGCGGAGAAAUCAGAACGGAAUCGGAGAAAAAAUUGGAUGGUAAAUAUUUUGUGACAGUUCAAGACAGAGAUUGGUACUGGAGAGCAUAUCUACCCGAAGGGGACGAUAGAGACCAUCCGGCGUGUAAUAUAUUUGGUCCCAGAGGCAUAAGUCUUGAAGGACUAAAGUUUCCAAAAAGUCUUGUUGUUGUGGCUGGCUUGGAUCUUGCUCAGGAUUGGCAAUUAGCUUAUGUUGAUGGACUCGGAAAAUCGGGGAAAGAGGUAAAACUCUUGUACCUAAAGCAAGCGACGAUUGGGUUCUACUUCUUGCCGAACAAUGAACAUUUCUAUUGCCUCAUGGACGAGAUUAAGAACUUCGUGAAUUCUAACUGUUAA